GCGCAAUGAAUAUCAUAUCCAUAUGUUCCAUGCCCUUGAUGGCGUAAGAUAAAAUAUAAAAAUUUGUUGGUUAGUUUUUGUAAUUAAUAAAGAAAAAUAGAUUUUUUCUUGAGAAUAAACUAUGGCUUUGGUGUCCGCAAGAACAAUUUUAAGCCCAAUAACUCGUCAAUCCCUUGGCAUUUCAGCUUUUAACAGACAAUUCGUCAAAUUUGAUCGUCAAAAUGAAGUAAAAACAAAAUUGUUUUUGCCGACAAUUGUCGCUCAGAGAUUUUAUGCAGAGAAAGAGGUUUAUGCGAGAACAAAACCUCAUUGCAAUGUGGGUACAAUUGGCCAUGUUGAUCAUGGAAAAACAACUCUAACAGCGGCUAUAACACAAGUGCUCUCGGAGAAGGCAUUGGCGAAAGCAAAAGCUUACGGUGAAAUUGACAAUGCUCCUGAAGAGAAAGCUCGAGGAAUAACAAUUAACAUUGCUCAUGUUGAAUAUCAAACGGAUAAUCGACACUAUGGACACACUGAUUGUCCAGGUCAUGCCGAUUACAUAAAAAACAUGAUCACAGGAACGGCACAAAUGGAUGGUUCCAUUUUAGUUGUUGCCGCAACUGAUGGUGUUAUGCCACAAACACGAGAGCAUUUACUCCUCGCCAAGCAAAUUGGUAUUGAGCACGUUGUUAUUUUCAUCAACAAGGUGGACGCCGCUGAUGAGGAAAUGGUCGAACUCGUCGAAAUGGAAGUUCGUGAAUUAAUGACAGAAAUGGGUUUUGACGGUGAGAAGUGUCCAGUGAUAAAGGGCAGUGCCCUUUGUGCUUUGGAGGGAAAAAGUAAAGAGAUUGGCGAGGACUCAAUUUUAAAAUUAUUGGAAGCAGUCGAUAGUUUUAUUCCAACUCCAAUGAGAGAUCUUGAUAAACCGUUUGCAAUGCCAGUUGAGGGUGUACAUUCAAUUCCAGGACGAGGAACUGUUGUGACAGGACGAUUGGAGCGUGGUAUCAUUAAAAAGGGCACUGAAUGUGAAUUUGUUGGUUAUAACAAAGUUUUAAAAAGUGUCAUCUCAGGAGUUGAAAUGUUCCAUAAAAUUCUCGACGAAGCACACGCGGGCGAUCAAUUGGGUGCUUUAGUAAAAGGCCUAAAACGUGAUGACGUUAGACGCGGUAUGGUCAUGUGUAAGCCAGGAACAACAAAAGCUUGCGAUCAUGUUCAAGCUCAAAUGUAUAUGCUGAGUGCCAGUGAAGGUGGACGAUCAAAACCAAUUUCUAAUUACAUUCAAUUGCAAAUGUACAGUAGAACUUGGGAUUGUCCGGCAUUAAUUGUCAUACCAGGAAGGGCAAUGGCCAUGCCCGGAGAAGAUGCCGGAAUUGAAAUGAAAUUGUACAGGCACGUGGUUAUGGAAAAGGGGCAAAGAUUCACAUUGAGAGAUGGAAGCAAAACGUUAGGAACCGGAGUUAUAACGAAAGUCCUACCAAAUCUAACGCAUGAAGAAAAACAACUCGUUAUGGAAGGAAGGAAAGCAAUAGAAGCUAUAGAAAAGAAGAAGGCGCAUGGAAAGUAAUUGUAGCUAAUUAUAAGAAUUAUUUUGUAAAUUAACUUUAAGUAAUAGAGAUAAAAAAAGAAGCGAUCACUCACAAGUCGAUUUGAAUAAUUUUAUAUCGUACUUUGCAAAUAUUUAUAUAAAAUUUAAAGACUUAAUUUUUCGAGAGUAUAUUGUGAGUAUUGUUUGUGUAGAAUAAUUUUUUUUUUACUAUUUAACUUUGUGGAAAAAUUCUUUUUCUUGUAACUUGGUUAAAUAAACUUCAAAGAACAUUUUAA